CAGCUAACGAAACUUGCGCUUCCACUUGGCCGUCAGUUGAGAUUCGACACAGAGCAAGACUAGAAGACUGACGACUGGGACGUGACGCGACCGUGUGUGUAUAUAAUAUCUCAGUGCAUUGAUAUACCUACCACUAACCAUUAGAGUACACUGCAAUAAUUCGUAGAUCUAGAACAUAGAACUGCACUGUUAUCAACCCGCCGCGUGAUGAUAGUAGCGUGAUUGGUUGUACGGCUUUCCGAAUCUAGGGCUGUUAUAAAACCGAGUAGAGGCUUUUUGUUUAAGAAAAACCGAGUGAGUGAAUGUUAAGCCGAAUGUCGAGUGAUUAGUUUUAGAUGGUGCAGCGAGGCUUAGAUCUUCAACAGAGAUAAGUACACGGUAGCCAAAUCGUUCAGUGCAAACGAACCAAAUCGACUUCAAGCCAUUUAUUGAAGAUUCCGGAGUGCUUUGUGAAUAAAAAUUCAGUUUAUUGCAACAUCUGUGACUGAUUUGAUAUACUGAACUCAGUCAAUUUGGAUCAAAGAAUGCGCUGAGGUUCUGGCUCUAGUGCUUUGUGGUAGUGGUUAAUACUCGUGGCCUGCUAUAACAGCUUCCAAAAAAGUAUCAUCGCUUUAUUACCGAGGCCGCCAAAGUCGCCGUCGUCGUUGUCGUCAUAGUUGGCCAAAGUGGAAUAAAAUUCUAAUUGAUUUAUGAAUGUGUCGCUCGGGACAAACGCGAACACGCCAAACUUAGCUAACCUACGUAGUCUACUCUGGGACGAACAUCGCUCCUAUCUACUUCGAACUGCGUGCAUGCACAGCACCCUGCAACUCGAGAUCUAGACGUGUAGGUGCACCACGUCUGUCCACAAAUUUCGAAUCAUCACCCAACGCCCACGCAAAACAAACGGUCUGCCCUUGGGAAGAUAGCAGAAUACGUUUUCGUAAAUCUCAAUCCUCGAAAUUUUGCAUCUGCAGUCCACGCGCAAAUUGCAGAACAAACAUUUUCCUCCCAUUCACUCUGUACUCAUGUGUAAGUGAACCGUCGGAAAGAAAGGAAAUAAUUUCGUUUUCUGGUGCAAAAUACAACACGUAAAGGUAUAGGAAAGCCGCAAAACGCAAAACGCCUCAACUACAUUGCAAUAAAUAAAAAGUAGAAGCGUAAAAUACGGCAUUGAAGAAGAGUGCUAGCGAAAAAAAAAACAAAAAUAUAUUCGCACAAAGUCGAAAGUAAACACACGACACGACUUGCACUCUUCCAUGCGUUUAGCGAUACCGACGGUGACCGCGGUUCAGUGCUUUGUCUAGUCACCUUAGUCCGGUGUGCAACGUGCAAUCAAAGCAGCUCACCAACUUCGUGUAACCGCGUAAUCGACCUUGUUGUUGGUUGUGUUCUGUGCCGUACUUGGUCGCUGGAUUAAGCUAGACCAAACGAUCUAGUAGUUUGCACAAGCCGCGUACGAUUCUCAACUAUCAAGGCAAGCCACACGGCGGACAGAAUGGCCGAUAUCAUCGAGGAUGAGAUGAAACACUGCUACGAGAACCUAAUCGUCGUAGACGUUGGCGCCAAUCUGACCAACAAAAAGUACAUCCGUGACCUGGACUCGGUGAUACAGCGCGCGAAAGAUUCUGGCGUCCAAAAGAUCAUGGUACCGGGCACUUCGGUCAAGUCGAGCAAAGAGGCCCUCCGUCUGACGCGUAUCUACCCGGGCAUCAUCUACUCGACGGCGGGAAUCCAUCCGCACGAUUCGAAAUCCAUCAUCGAGGAGCCGAGCACGUGGCACGACUUUGAGGUGAUUGCCGGGGCGCCGGAAUGCGUGGCCAUUGGACCGUGCGGACUCGACUACCAGCGGGACUUCAGCGAACCGUGCACCCAGAAGGACAUCUUCGAACGGCAGCUCCGGUUGGCGUGCAGCCUGCAGAAGCCCAUUCUGAUACACGAACGAUCCGCCCAGGAAGACGUGUUGGAAAUACUCUCGAAAUUCCAACCUACCCCGCAGAUCAUCAUCAGAGGCUUUAUGGGCACGACUGAAGAAGCGCUGAAGUAUAUACAAAGGGACUAUUACAUCUCCCUAACGGGUUAUUUAUGCAAGGACAAAUCCGACACCGGCGUGCGAAAACUGCUCGAAGAUGGCCGGCUCCCUUUGGAGCGCCUUCUAGUGGAAACCGACUCGCCCUUCAUGUAUCCCAACACCCGGGCUUCCAAGUUGCCACAGCACGUAAAAACCGGCCUUACCGAAAGAUCUCUGCUGUAUCUGCACCGCUACUGUACCUUCCAACGUAACGAACCGUGCAGCCUGCCAGCCAUCGUCGAAAUGAUUGCCGCCUUUAUGCAAAAGAAACCCGAAGACGUUGGACUGGCCACGGCAUUCAAUGCACUCAAGCUAUUCGGGUUGUCCCAAUGAAGAUGGGGACUUCCCAAACGAUUAAGUACUGAACAAACAAAAAAACGACAAUGAGCUCUGAAACGAAAACGACAUUUUCCUAAAUAUAUGAUUUUAUCCUAUUAUGAAGUAAAAUGAUUUCACUACUCCUAUCGAAACAUGUUAGCAUGAAAAUUAUUUUUAUUACGCGAUUUUAUAUUCCUAGAACACACCCAAACCUGCAUACGAUUGUUGAUUUACACCUAUUUAAGUCUUGCCUGAUGAUAACGUUAAUGUAUCUUAAUAUUUAAUGUUCUAAUUAGUUGAUUCUCACGGCUGCUCAAAGAGCCACUGUUAAGAUAUGCAGCACAUACGGACGAUAGAAAGUUUCGAAAAUUUCCACACCACACAAAGGAUUGCGGAAAUGUUCAAAAUUUCUAAGAAUUACAUCUGUAGGUACAUAAUAUUGUUCAUAUUGUUUUGUUCGACGUAAAUUUAAGCUUAAUGCGCCUAGUUGUAUUGUUAGUAGUAAGCAUCAGCAAAACGAAUUGUGUUAAUUUGAAUUUAUGUUCUAUAUGUAAAGCUAAAGACUGAAGAUACUAAAACAUUAGAAAAAAAAUCAAAAGCAUAAUAAGCAGAUGUAGAAAGAUAGUGACGUCAUCCAAACCAUGUGUACUAAUCUCGCGAGAAUUAGACGACCAGAGAAGAGAGUCGGAAGAACACUGCUCGUUUCCAGAGAAAUGGCAUUCGAUCAGGGAAAAAAUUUCAGCUUAGUAUAUAGGCAAUUCGUUUCACAGACAAACACACCUACACAUUCCUUGCCAAAGGGCCGCUUCUCGGGAAACGACCAGGUUCUUAGCCGUGCAAAUCCUAACGCAAGGCGUUCUUUUAAGUGCUUAUGUAUAGUAGGGAUAUUCUGAAGAAAAAAAAAACCGUAGAAAAGAAAGCAAUCUUAUUACCUGCUCUGGCUA